AUGGCUGAACCAAUUCUCAACGAUGAACAAACCCUGGACGCCUUCGUCGCGCCCGACGAGCUCACCCAGGAGAUCGAGGACACCUUGAAGAACCACCCCGAAGCGCAUGCCCUGCGCGCAAACCCCGAAUUCAAAGAAUCGCGUCCUCACCUCAAGAUCCCCGCGACUCUCCGCCCGCGCAGUCUCACAGCCGGUACGCUAGCUGGACCAAACAAGAUCGUUGUGCCCCCGUACAUUUUCAGUGAGCGCGAUGGUAAGAGCCUCGUCUCGCUGAUGUACCUUGGUUCGGAUAUCUGUGGACACCCUGGUAUCAUUCACGGUGGUCUGUUAGCUACCUUGCUAGAUGAGGGAUUGGCGCGAUGUUGUUUCCCUGCAUUGCCGAAUAAAAUUGGAGUUACAGCCAACUUGAAUAUUGAUUAUCGGGCACCUGCUAUGGCGGAUCAAUAUGUUGCUUUGCGGGCGGAGACAGUUAAGGUUGAUGGACGGAAGGCUUGGGUUGAGGGAAGAAUUGAGACUCUUCCUACUGAUGGCUCAGAUCCAGUGGUAUUGGUUGAGGCUAAGGCAUUGUUCAUUGAGCCUAAGCAGGCAGCGGCCCUUUCGAAGAUGUACCGUGGCGCAAAUGAAUAA